UCUACCAUGGUCUGCUCAAAUUCUAAAACUGGGACAGCUGGAGGGUUAAUAAUAAAUUAGGUAGUCGCCAUUUUGAUUUCGAAAGCAGGUUUUUCUGUUUUGCUGCCUGACUGCUGUGUGUCCACACGGUGCUGCAGUGGAGCGGCCACCGAGCGGCAGUAAUAAAUGACAUUGCAGCCAGGAACCAGGGGUAGCAUCGUUAAGCUAACAACACAGUAGACUUACUAUGGGCCUCCGGGUGACCUGACAACCGAGGUCGCCGUUUCUCCAGCUCGCAGAUUGUUUAAAAAAAAGAUGGCUCAGAGCUAAGUGUAUGUUUGUGACGGUCGCCAUGUUUUGGAAGUUUGACUUGAACACAUCCUCUCAUCUGGAGACUUUGCUGGACAAAGAGGAUAUCACGCUCAGUGAGCUGCUGGAUGAGGAAGAUGUGCUGCAGGAGUGCAAGGCCCAAAACAGGAGACUGCUUCAGUUCUUGUGCCAGGACCAGAGCAUGCAGGAGCUGGUCCGGCUGAUUACGACAGAGCCCCCUGCUGGUGCUGAUGAGACCAAGCGCUUCAAGUAUUCAAAUACAGCGUGUGAGCUGCUAACGUGUGAUGUGGGAGUGAUCAAUGAUAAGCUGGGUAAUGAUGAGCCUCUGCUGGAAACCCUGUAUGCUUUCCUGGAGCAGCCGUCCCCACUAAACCCUCUGCUGGCAUCUUUCUUUAGCAAGACAAUUGGGAACCUCAUCACACGGAAGACUGAGCAGGUGAUCAGUUUCUUGCAAAGGAAGGAUGAAUUUCUUUCUCUGGUCCUGAAGCAUAUCGAUACAUCGGCCAUGAUGGAUGUGCUUUUGCGCCUUAUCAGCUGCGUGGAGCCUCCGCCGCUUCGACUCGAAACCCUUACUUGGCUGAACGAGCAGAAACUGGCUCAGAGACUCAUAGAGCUCCUUCACCCCGACAGAGACGAAGAGAGGCAGUCAAAUGCAUCUCAGACUUUAUGUGACAUAAUUCGUCUUAGCAGAGACCAGGCCAGUCAGCUACAGGAGAUUUCCCAGCCUGACCCGCUGCUGACUGUGCUGGAGUCGCAGGAGUGUGUGGAGCAGCUGCUGCAGAACAUGUUUUCAGGAGAGAGGACUGAAAGCUGUAUCGUCAGCGGGAUUCAAGUUCUUUUGACUUUGCUGGAAAUUCGGAGGCCCGUGGUGGAUGGUGUGAUGGAUGCUCAGGGGUUUGAGAGAAGCUACACUGUUAACAGCAGUAUUUUGUUGGCUAUUCAGCCACACCUGAUACACUUCCACCAGCUACUUCUGCAGCCGCCCAAGCAAGAUCCCAUGUUGACAACUCUGGGUGUGUUGGAGGAACCACUGGGGAACACACGUCUGCACGUAGCCAGACUAGUGGCCUCUCUGCUUUAUACCAGCUCUGCUAGUCAUGCAGUCGUAGCACAAGAGCUCUGCAAACUCAACACGUUGGACCUGCUUUUGAACUUGUUCUUCAAGUACACAUGGAACAACUUCCUGCACCUCCAAGUGGAGCUCUGUGUGGCCGCCAUCGUCCGUCCUUGUGUCCAUGAAAUGAGGCUGCAGCCUGGAUUUGGAUCCCAGGAAACACCCAAAGCUCAAGACGCAUCACAAGAGGAGAAUGCAAGCGAGGCCCCAACUUUGGAACCUUCAGACACAUCUGAAAACUCUGCACACAACUUACUGGUGACUCAUUUGUUCCAACACUGCCACCUUGUUCAGAGGAUUCUGGAGGCUUGGGAAGGGAAUGAUAGAAUACAGUCAGAAGGAGGCAUGAGAAGAGGGUACAUGGGACAUCUGACCAGGAUUGCCAACACAGUGGUUCACAACCUGGAAAAGGGCCCGGUCCACACCCAAAUAAGUGGCCUCAUCACAGGUACCGAUCAUGUGUGUUUGAAUGUAGAGCUGCCAGAGGACUACAGAGGGCGCUGGGAAACCUUUGUGGAACAGACACUGUCAGAGACGAACAGAAAGAACACCAUAGACCUGGUUAGUACUGGAAACCCUCGGCCUUGCUCAGAAGAUGAUAUGGAGAGCCCCUUCCCUAAAGAACUGACAGUGCAACAGGCCUUUUCAGACUAUCAAAUCCAGCAGAUGACUGCUAACUUUGUGGAUCAGUUUGGCUUUAACGAUGAGGAGUUUACUGAUCGGGAUGACAGCAUCGGUGCAACAUUUGACCGGAUUGCAGAGAUUAAUAUCAACAUCGAUGCUGGUCAGGACAAUGCCAACACAGCUGUAUUUGAGGCCUGUUCCAAGGAGAGGAUUCAGCCUUUUGAUGAUGAUGAAGAGGACAUCUGGGAGGAGAAAGAAAUUACCUAUGCAACACAAACCAAGUCAAGGAACAGGUUUGGUUUACAGUCAUCUCAAAGCCAAGCAGCCAGUAAGUCUUGUGAUAAGACUUCAACUUCCAGUACUGACGUCCCUGAUAAAUCCACAGAGUCCGACUCUGAGGAAGAAGACAAUAAAGAUGAGUUUGAUCCGUUUUCCAGUCAGGAGCAGACGGAAUCAACUGCAGGCACUGGCUGGGUGGCAGAUUUUGGAGAAGUCAACUCAAAGGCUCCUGCUGCUGGAGAGGCCUUUGCUGCUUGGGAGACUCCAGCUUCGCAGCCAGCUUCAGGGGAGGCUGAGGAGAAAGGGUGGGCCAAGUUCACCGACUUUCAGCCUUUCUGUUGCUCUGAAACGGGCCCCAGAUGCAGCUCGCCUGUGGAUUCAGAGCUCAGUGGAUCGGACAACACCAAACUAAACCCAAACCCCUGUGUGUGGAGUGCAUGCGUGGCAAGGAAAGCUCCACUCGUGGCGUCGGACAGCUCGUCCUCCAGCGGCUCUGACAGCGACGAAGAAGAAGGAAAGACGGAGUCUACGUCCAGCGAGAUGGUCACAAAAGAGACGAUCACCACAGGUGCUGGCAAGGAGACGAUCCGGCUCACUGUGGACGCCAAAAACGAGAGGGCGGUCUUCACAAGAGUUUUCCGGCCUGCGUUCAGACGUGAAGCAGAUAAGUUGCCUGUAGAGGGACUGUCCAUUAAAGACAAAGACGAAGAAAGAGAAAAGAAACAUGGAAAUGGUUCCAGCGCUAUCAUCGCUAGUUCAGCUAACCAGUCAACUGCUUUCACACAAGAGAUGCAGUCCUCCACUAACGGACCGGCCUAACGAAGCAGCACAGCCACACGCUUCAUAUCUUUUUCAUUGAACGCACAGCCAUGCCCCCUUUGCUUCCUGUUAGCAGCGCCCCCAAUGCCCCUUUUAUUGUGUCCAAAAAGAUGUAAGUAAGUAGGAGGUCCUCAGUUCUGAGGUCAAACAGUAUUUCUGCUGGAAAACAAAUGUCUAUAAGGGUACUACUGAUGUCUUAGAUGCGCCUUCUUGACAUAAUUGAAACUAAAGUGCUUCAAGAAGAAAUGUAACUUUUCGUUGUGCCAGACAGCUAGAUAUGAACUUUUCAUGACCGGACUUAAAGUCUGCCAUUUCACCUCUCAGUGAAGUCUGACUGAUUUGGAUUUCUUUACUCUUCAGGCAUAAAAUCAAGGCCCAGCUGGUUUUUCUGUCACAGGUUUUGACUGUUUACACCUCAGUAAAGAAAACUGGUUUCAAAUAAUCAGAAGUUUCUCGCUAAGCUGGCUUCUUACGUUAUCGCCACUGUUUUCAGCCUUUUCACACACAGGCAUUUUACUAUUAUGAACAUGAGUGAUGAUUAUUUCUACCGACGUUCUCAGUCAACAACAGUUUUUAUUAGCUUUGAUCAUUGGGAAAGAGAUUCUGCUUUUCAUUCUUUAGAGCAUCAGAUUUUGGGGGAAUCAUGUUUCACAUUAGAAGGGUGUGUGUGUGUGUACCGCUGUGUACAUGUGUUUGUAGAUGUGCUUGUAUGUGUGUGUGUGUGUGUGUGUGUUUUUAGCUCUGAAGUACAGAGUGUAUUCUCAGGUUUAAGGAGGGAUAUGUAGAUACGAAGAAAGCACACCUGUGUAACACACACACACACACACACACACACACACACACAUCCAUACACGCAUAAAAACACACGCAAAAAAAGAAAACAAAAUCUCAAACACACACACGUACACACACAGUAAUGAUGUGCACAUACCAAUUCAAACCACCCUCCGUAAAUGUAAUAUUGUGAAUUUUGAACCUGUAUUAGGUUGUGGCUAUUCUUGGUAAUAUGUAAACGUAAUAUAAAUGUAAACAUUAUAUAUAAACAUUAUAUCUAUUUUUGGAAUAAAUCCAGUGUAUGGAAAGAG